AUGAUUCUUCAAAGACCUCUCUCUCCAACCAUUGAGAAAUCAUCUGCUUUCAGCAACAACAACAACAAGAACAACAACAACAACAACAAGGUCACCAUGCUAUCUCACAAUGUCGUCAUGCUACAAGUUAUUGUUCCUGCUCGUGAUGUUGUUCGUUGCACCAAACAACAACAACAACAACAACAACAACAACAACAACAAGUCCUCCCUACAGCAACCAUGAUCCGUCGUGUUCACUUUUCAGCUGACGAGAACGAUUCUCAGUCGGCACCUCACAAGGAAGAACUCACAUCGGAAAUGGUUCAAGACAUGUGGUACACUCCCACCGAAAUGAACGGUUUUAAGGAAGAUGCGGCCAAAUCCAUCAUCAUUCGACAACGACGAAACCGCCGCCCACAAGAACUCAGCGACGACGACGACGAGGACGCUCUUGGGUUGGAACGCUACUACGAACCCAAGCGGGAUGAAUUCCGUCGAGCGGCCAUCUUUUAUACACUCCAAGCCCAAACCAAGUCUAGAGGAGACCCUAACUUUAUUCGUUUGAUUGCUCGCAAAUGUUCUGACUUUGCCCGGGCCGCAGCGGUCCAUCAAGGCAGGAAGGAUUUUGAUGCCGCAUACAAGAACAACAACAACAACAACAACAACAACAACAACACCAACACCAGCAACAAUGACUCUUCUCUUGACACCCAAGGGAAGAGACAACGCAAUGGUUUCGUAUGCUGCACAACAGACGUAGAGGAGCCAAGUGCCAAGAAGCAACGAACACUUUGCGUCGCAUAA